AUGUUACGGCGCGCAAUUUGGAUGGGAGACUAUCUCACAUUCUCGAAGCUGGUUGGAAAAGCUGACUUACAAGCUGCGGACCAGCUCGGACGGCGGCCACUACAUCUUGCAGCUGAACGAGGGCACAAACAGAUGAUCCAAGAUUUGGUCGAACACCUAGGACGUGACAAUGUUGACCUGAAUGUACGGUGCGGCAAUGGGCAGACAGCACUGCAUUGCGCUGCUUGGGCAGGGUCCGCUGCUGUGGUGGAGUUAUUGCAAAAUAGAAUCGACGAAACGGCGAAGGAUAUAUAUGGCAAUACUGCACUGCAUAUAGCAUCCCAAAUGGGAUUUGCUCCUGUUGUGAAGCUUCUCAUGAAGGGAUACACUAUUGACAUGGGGGGGAGUAACAACCUGACUCCUCUACAUUUUGCGGUAAUGCAUGGGUACGGAAUGGUGGUGGAGCUGCUUGAAGAUGCCAACGUCGAAGCUAAGGAUAGCAAGAUUGGUUGGACGCCCUUGCAUUGUGCAGCUGUUAAUGGGGAUCAAGAAUUAGCGAGACUGCUGAUUGGCCGCGGCGCGGAAGUCAAUGCGAAAGACGAUCGAGUUGGUUGGACACCCCUACAUCUUGCAACGAUGAAUGGGCACAAAACGGUUAUCAAGUUUUUGCUCGGGAAGGGCGCAAAUAUCAUGGCCAAGGACAAGUACGACUGGACACCACGACAAUUCGCCGAAAUGAAUAAGCACGAUGAGGCAGUUGAGUUGCUUGGAAGCAAGGGCAUCGGCGACGACGCUAUCGCAACAGAUUGGGGCAGAUGGACGCCGCUCCACUGCAAGGCGAUUGACAAUGCACGUGGGAUAACCAAGUUAUUGACUGACAGUGGUGUUAGCAUCUAUUUGAACGACAAGGAUGAUAGUUGGACACCACUGCAGUUUGCUAUAGAAAACGAACUUGGAACUGCCAUCCGCCGGCUGUUCGAGAAGGCCGCCAAUGUCAUGGCGAAAAGUGGCCAAGCGCCAUUGUACCGGCCCAUGCACGAGGCUUUCGAAAAGCUGCUAGUCGAUAAAGACCCCGACAAAUAUAGGUGGCAUGAGCCGCUGCUCGCAGCCGCUGAGCAUGGAUACGAGGCGGUUGCGCGGCUGCUCCUUGAGGAGGGUGCUGACAAGGAUUGUGUAGGGAAACUGUGGACACCACUGCACUUGGCGGUCAGACACAAACAUGAGGCAAUUGUGCGGCUGCUGCUCGAGGCAGGUGCGAACAAAGAGCUUAAGGACUGGGAGGGCGGGACGCCGCUGGACCAUGCUGUUAUGCUCAAGGAUAAAGUGUCCGUGCGGCUACUACUCGAGGCAGGCGCCAAUACCGAGAAUGAAGGUCUAUGUCGGCAGACACCACUGAACCUUGCUAUCAGGAAUGAGGAUGAGGCGGUUGUGCGGCUACUACUCGACGCAGGCGCCAAUACAGAGAUUGAAGGUAUAGACGGGAAAACACCGCUGCAAUAUGCUAUCAAGCUCAAGGAUAAGGCAAUCGCCCGGCUACUACUCAAAGCUGGCGCCAACACAGAGGACAGAGACGAAGAUGGCUUCACGUUUCUACUGGACGCCAUUAUAUCAAAAGAGAGAGCAAUCACUCGUCUGUUACUUGAGGAUGGCAGCCCUAACUUGGAGGUCAAAACCAGCCCCGACCUAACACCGAUGCACUUGGCUAUUGAGGAUAGCGAUGGGGAAACUAUCCGGCUGCUACUUGAGGCGGGCGCUAAUAAAGAGGUUAAAGGACCGAUGGGUCUGACGCCGCUCCACUACGCUGUCAGGCUCGGGGAUAAAGUCUGCGUGCAGCUACUGCUCAAGGCAGGCGCUGACAAGGAGGCCAAGGACUCAGCUGGCCGGACGCCGCUACACAAUGCCAUAGGACACGAGGCAGUCGCACAGCUACUGCUCGAGGCAGGCGGCUACAGAUGCAAAUGGCCGGACACCACUCCACUACGCUGUCAGGCUCGGAGAUAG